AUGGUAGUUACCUACCUUAGUCUCCUGGAGCUGGUCAGCGUAAGAACCAAUACUCCGGAGAGCACGAAAGGAGGUACGCAGCACUUGGUACUUCGUCCCUCGUACGGAGCAGUACCGGCCUCUUUUCCUUGGGAGCACCAUGGUGCUAUUACAGAGGACUGGACUCGGUACGGUUCUGGCUCUGGAGCUCAGCCGCUCCGACGGAAUGUGGCCACCGUGCUGGACGUAUGGAAGCACUGGGCUGUACUACCUCGUACCCAGUCGUCCUCUCUUCCUCUCCAGUCCCCAGUCCAGCUGCUCUUCAGGAAGUUCAGGCCCUGGCGACGACUGGUUACUGGAGCAAGUGGCAGUGCCCCCCGUCGCCAUUGGCUCAGGCAGCGAGUGGCCCGACUUUCACAGAGUCAGCAGAACCGGCGCCCACCAGAGAGCUGCAACCUGCGUCUGCAGCCUGCACCUGCACCUGCACCUGCACCUGCACCUACACCUGCACCUUGUACGGUUGUACCUGCGCAGCACUUAUUAUAUGCUGGACAUAGUUCUGCCCCUGGGGCCUGGCCGAGGUCGUACAGUACUCGUCGGUACUGUACAUACGUACGGAGCAGUCACGGGAGCACCGCAGAUGGAGGAGCAGGCAGCGUCAUGUGCAGGAGGGCAUUGAUAGGAGCACUUUUCAAUGGGUGCCUUACGAAGGACGAAGCACUACGUACUGGCUACGUACUAGCUACUGUACGUAGUACUGACGAGCCCAGCGUCUGGAGCCCCUCCAAGUUCCAACAGCCCCAACAGCCCCUGGAGCAGCCUUGGAGCCCUCUCUCCCCUCAGGUCCCCGGCCCGAAGACAGGUCGCCUCUGGUCCACUGCUGUGGUCGCCCCCCCGAUGUUCCUUGCGGGCGUCCUGGGUACCGCCGCCCUCUACGCGAGAUCUGCUUGGAUACGCCCGAAGAAUCAUGCCCCUUACGACGUCUUUGCCCUCCGCCUACGGGCUCUGGCUGAGCAUGAGGCCAUGAAAAGCCCCAGGAACCCUCCCAAUCGAAACCAUCGGCCCACCGUGGCCAUAUCGGAGGACGAGCCCACGGAACCGCUAGACCACGCCAACCCACUAACCUCGCCCAAACGCACUAACACCCAGUGGUAA